CUCCCCCCUAGUCUUGGCCCUUUUCCACUUUGCCCCCUCCCUUCCUUUCCGCCCUCCUCCGCCGCCCGCCGCCCGCUCCUCUCCCUUCGCGAUGUUCCGCGCGAUCCGGCGCCUCCCACACCGGCGCCUGGCGCAGGCGGCCUUCGCUCCCGGCGCCGGGUGUCGGGGGGCCGGGCUGUCCUCGAUACCGCCGGCCGCCCAGGCGCAGACCAUGGGCCGAUGCCGGCCCGACCAGCCGACCCCCGGGGCGGAGCGCCGCCGGCACAUCGAGGCCGAUGGGCAGGGCUUGCCACUGGGGUUCAGCACCAUCGAGGACUUCCAGCUGUUUCUGCGUCUGCUUGGCGACCCGCAAGUGCGGCGGCCGCUGGCGCCGAUCUGCACCAUUGGCCGGCUGCUGGGGCUGGACCGGCUGUCGGUGAAGGCGCUGAUGAUGCACUAUGGGUCUCUGGGCGUGGGGAGCCCGCCGGGGCGGCGAUCCAGGCGCGGCCCGCUGGCCGGGCUGGGCCCCGGGCAUCCGGUGUUCGAGGAUGUGUCGAGGCUGGUCCGGCGGGAUCCGCCGGUUUUGGGGGACCUGCUGCCGCGGCUGGUGUGGCUCCCCUCGCGGGAGCUGGGGUCCCUGCUGCUGGAGUACCUGCCGGAGGCGUGUGGCCCGGCGGCCCGGCGGCCGCAUGUGCCGGUCGACCGGCUCCGGGCCCUGGCAUCGGUGACCCCCCGGCUGACCCUGUCGCAGAUGGCCUGGCUGCUGUCCUCCUCGCCGAAGUCCGUGGCGAGGGACCUGGCCACCUAUGUGCCGGAGUUGGGGGACUACCAGCCGCCGCGGGUGCCGUCGGUGCGCUUGGACGCCCUGCGAGCGGUGCUGGCCGCCGCCGGGCCGGCCGGCAGCGACGCCAGCCUGUCGGAGGAGACGGUGUGCCAGCGGGCCGGCGUCGACCGGGCCACCUUCGACUGCCAUGGGCCCCUGCUGCAUGCCACGUAUGGGGUCCGCCGGUGGGGCGAGCUGCCGGCCGAGCGGCUGGCCCACCUGCGGGCCCUGCUGCAGGAGUGCCGGUGGACGCUGGCCGAGCUGGCCAGCCGGACGGGCAUCCCGCUGGACCGGAUCCGGUGGUACAUCAAGUACUAUGAGCCGGGGAUGGUGCUGCCGGUGCCGGCCGACCGGUCGGUGCCGCGGCCGCUGGAGCUGGACGGCCGGUCCGGGCCCGGCUCCAACUCGAUGACCCUGAGGGACUAUGUGCGGGCAUUCCUGCCGCCGGUGUCUCCCCUGUAUCGGGCGCUCCUUUGCCCGGAGCCGGCCGUGGACCCGAAGAGCCUGAUCACCCUGCGGCACUUGGGGCUCAUCCGGCGGCCGGGCCAUGUGGAUGCGGACCGGGACAUGCUGCCGAUGUUGCAGGGGCUCGGGAGCCUGCGGCCGCCGUUGACCCUGCGCGAUGUGUCCGACCGGAUGGGCAUCUCGCUGUACCAGGUGCGGAAGCGUUUCGUCGGGGCCGGGUCGCUGGCGGAGCUGCGCCGGACGGUCCCGGCGGUGGGCGCCCUGUCCUUUUCGGAGAUCGAGCGAUUGCGCCAGCUCGGCGAGCAGGUGCACCCGGCCGGCGGGCGGAUGCGCUUCACCGUGAGGCAGAUUGCCGAGCAGCUGGCCAUGUGCCCGGACAUGGUGUUCUCCCUGCUGCACCUCUACUGUCCGGAGUACUUCUUCCUGGCCCUGGCCCCGGAGGCGGGGUCCGGGCCCGGGGGCAUGUAUGUGCCCGUGGAAAAGGUGGCCCCGCUGCUGGCGAAGGUCGCCGACCAGGCCACGGCCCCGCUGCUGCACCAGGUGGCCGUGGACCUGGGCUGCACCCUGCCGCAGGUGGUGAACUCCCUCCGGGCGGAUGCGACCUGCCGAAAGGUGCCCUUCCGGGCGCCGUCCUACUACCGGCAUGUGGCCAGCCGGCUGUUCGAAAUCAAGUCCCUCCUGCGGCUGCAUCCGCAGAUGCCGGCCUCCGCCAUCGCCCGGCAGUAUGGCUGGGAGGAGAACCUGCUGAAGCUUGCCCAGCCCUAUCUCGCGGCGGCGAGCCGGUGAUGGUGUGUGCGUGUGUGUGCGUGUGGUGUACCAGGCGCCUGCGGCCUCUUUCUCUUGUGUGUCUGUGCGGGCACACAUGGCGCCACGGGUGUGCAUCCUUCUCUCCCCGGCCGUGCCGUGUGCCUGCCGACUGUAUUUUACUAUGCCCCCUGUUGCCUCGCUGUGUGUCCCCGCACGGGCAAAAUGCACCGCCGUGUGUUGUCCUUGA